AUGGAACAAGGUCGUAUAUGGACAGUCGGCGUCCUUCAAGGAGAAGCAGGACAAAACAGUUUAUCAGAAAUUGAGAAAUUAUUCUUUGAUUUCUUGAGUGGAUUCAGGAUAAAUGGUCAAUUCACUUAUCGAGAUGCUUUACGUUCAGCUUUGCUCCUACAUCAUCAUACCUUAGAAGUUGAUUUGAGGGAUAUGAUAGCGUGGAAUAAUGAAUUAGCUCAGAAAAUUCAAGAAUCACCUGGUGAAAUGAUUCCCCUUCUCGAAUCUGCUUUACUUAGAUUAGCAAGACAGUUACUUCAUCCUACAAAUGAUCAAACUCAAACUCAAGGUCAAUCCAGUAACACCGCAAUUGAUGCUAUACCUGAUAUGCAAGUGACAAUCAGAAGUGGAAUGAAUCUACUUCAAUUUAGAGAAUUACAAGCAAAUACACUUACUACCCUUGUUCGACUCCCUGGUAUCGUCAUUAACGCUUCUCAACUUUCAUCAAGAGCUACAGAAUUACAUUUACAAUGUAAAGGAUGUAGAUCAGUGAAAAGCGUCAAAGUGCCGAGUUCAUUGGGUGGUGAAAGAGCAGCUUUACCUAGGAGAUGUGAUGCACCCGCACCUGAAGGUCAACCCAAAGAUUGUCCCCUUGAUCCAUAUGUAAUCUUACAUGACAGGUGUAGAUUCGUAGACCAACAAACUAUCAAACUUCAAGAAGCACCAGAUAUGGUGCCUGUUGGUGAAUUACCUAGACAUAUGAUGUUACACGCGGAAAGAUAUCUCACUGGUAGAGUGGUUCCUGGUUCGAGAAUCAUUGCCACUGGUAUUUACUCCACUUUUGCUCCUUCCUCCAAAAAUGCGAAGACUUCGGGUGCUCCUGCACUUCGACAACCAUAUUUACGAGUAUUAGGUAUCGAGUUGGAUACCACCCUCGCUUCAUCUGCGGGCUCGAGAGUAUUCUCACCUGAAGAAGAAGAGGAGUUUCAACAGCUCGCAAGGAGUGAUGGAUUAUACGACCGUUUCGCAAAUAGUGUUGCGCCAAGUAUCUAUGGUAACACCGACAUUAAAAAGGCAGUUACUUGCUUACUCAUGGGAGGUAGUAAGAAGAUCUUACCUGAUGGUAUGAGACUCAGAGGAGAUAUCAACGUGCUAUUACUUGGUGAUCCCGGUACUGCGAAGUCGCAAUUGCUGAAAUUUGUGGAAAAGGUAUCGCCGGUGUCGGUGUACACUUCUGGUAAAGGUUCAUCCGCUGCAGGUUUGACUGCUUCUGUUCAACGUGACCCUGUGUCUCGAGAAUUCUACCUUGAAGGGGGAGCUAUGGUCCUUGCUGAUGGAGGAGUAGUGUGUAUCGAUGAAUUCGAUAAAAUGAGGGAUGAAGAUAGAGUGGCAAUUCAUGAAGCAAUGGAGCAACAAACGAUAUCAAUUGCAAAAGCGGGGAUAACGACCAUCUUAAAUUCAAGAACAUCGGUAUUAGCUGCUGCCAAUCCUGUUUUCGGAAGAUAUGACGAUAUGAAAUCACCUGGAGAAAAUAUAGAUUUCCAAACUACGAUUUUAUCAAGAUUCGAUAUGAUUUUCAUUGUCAAAGAUGAACAUAAUGAAGCUAGAGAUAGAACCAUAGCGAAACACGUAAUGAAUAUUCACAUGAAUAGACAAAAUGAGAAUGAAGUUGUAGGUGAAAUCGAUAUUGAGAAAAUGAAAAGAUAUGUUUCCUAUUGUAAAUCACGAUGUGCACCAAGAUUGAGUACUGAAGCUGCGGAGAUGCUCUCAUCUCAUUUCGUUGGAUUAAGAAAAGAAGUCGCACAAGUGGAGAGAGACAACGAUGAAAGAAGUUCCAUUCCCAUUACGGUUCGACAACUUGAAGCGAUCAUCCGAAUAUCUGAAUCAUUAGCUAAAAUAACACUUUCACCAAGCGUAUUACCACAUCACGUAGAAGAAUCUAUUCGAUUAUUCAAAUUUUCAACAAUGAAUGCGGUAUCCAUCGGAUCUGGUAUUGAAGGAUUAUCAAGAACAGAAUUGAAUGAUGAAAUCGAAAAAAUCGAAAAAGAAUUGAAAAGAAGAUUACCAAUUGGUUGGACGACUUCCUAUCAAUCACUUGUAAGAGAAUUCGUAUCAGGUCAAGGUUAUUCCCAACACGCUUUAGAAAGAUGUCUAUACGUAAUGGAAAAAAGAGAAACUGUUAAAUUCACUGGAAUGAAAAAAGUAGUUCAAAGGAUCGGUGUUUAA